AGAAAGCAUUUUUGCCAAUACUGUAUAAGUACUGUACUGUGCAUAAAUACUACUUCACUUUCACUUGUUAUUUUUUCUGUCCCGUUUUAUUUCGUUGCCCCAGACACAUUAGCCGAAUAACCUUGAGUAUUUCAAUCUUUGAAAUCUCCAUCCUGCAUUUUUGGUUGGGACACAUGUAUGAUUCAUUUGAAGUGCGACAAGGAUUGUGUGGGCAUAUGCUUGCCUGGCUUUGUUCUGUACUGUGGAGCAUGGAUUAAGAUCGAAGUGCACCUUACCACGCAACAACUAACCCACCGCGGAACUGUUAUUUGGGGGCAUGACUGUUCGUGUGCAUCACGAAUCGCGCGAGGAUUGAGUCAGAUUUCGUUGAAUAUCUAUGAAAGAAUGUGGAGCUUGAACGUGGAUUGGAGUGGAAUUCCCUGUGUAACAUUUCGACGUAUAGGCGCUCUAGUGUACAAGUGCCGUUAAGUGUACUGCGAAUUGUGGAUGGAUAAGAGUUGAUGACAUUUUUCUUGGGAGUAAUCCAUUAUUUCAUUUGUGAUGCUCUACAUGUCGAGUAGCGGUGAUAUCUGACCUGUGUGAGAGUAGGCCGGAGAUUUGUUCAGCAAGUUUACUAAUGGAUCUCAAAGCUCGAGCUGGAAAAAGACUGAGUUUCUAUCGCGUUUAGAUUGGGCUGUGAUCGACCGUGUGACCACGGUGUUCGGAUCAGAAACAUGCCUCUGGGGUACUCUAUGUAUCUUCUUAGCUCAAUUCUGCUUGGUGAAGAACCGACGGUGGAAGAUUUCAUCCUGCUUGUUGGAACUAGCGUGGCAUUCAUUGCAUUCAUUCUGUGGUGCUGUUUUCCUGUUGUGCCGAAAGAGCCGGUACAAAAUUCUGACGGAGAAUCGAAAUACUUUCAAUACCGUAAAGCCGACUCGUACGACGAACGGAUGUAUUAGACUAGAUAUCCGUAACCCUUUGCAAUGACAUCACAGUACUGGUAUUUUUUCCCAGAAGUCCUGUUCGAGAUGUGUGAUCUCAGUCGCUUUUGGCGUUGUUUUGUAUCAAGAUGAUUCUAUGAACCGUCUGCGUGAUCUUAAUUUUCGGAAGCUCAAAUUCAGAGUAGCCGCAUGGUUUUUGGUAUGCAUCCGCGUUUUGUUUUUGAAUACGGUUGCUCGAGUUCAAGUGUGCUCCCAUUGCUAGCGAAGAGCAUUUAUGUGCGGUGAAAAUAAAAAAUUCGCGUCGCGUGUGUUCAUCUCGAAUCUUGCAGUUUUUGCCUUAUCUCCUGCUGUUGGCAGAAUAUCGCUAUUUUGAAGGGCUCA